CUCUGUCGUCUUACUCGAAGUUCUGAAGUUCCCCAGUACCUACGAAGACCAACAAAAUUGCAAGACAACAUGGCCGAUGACUCGCAAACUAAGGUCCUCAGCCCAAUCAGGCUCGCGCAUGUCGUACUUCGAACGACAGACAUCAAGCGACUAGUAGAAUACUACACAGAAUUCCUCGGAGCUACUGUGGUAUACAAGAACCAAUUCAUCGCCUUCUUGACCUACGACGAAGAGCAUCAUCGCAUCGCCAUCAUCCAGCGUCCGGGGACUGGCGAGAAGGUGCCGAACACAGCAGGCCUGGAACACAUUGCAUUCACCUACGACACCCUCGACGAUCUCGCGCUCACUUACGAACAGCGGAAGGCAAAGGGAAUGUUGCCAGUCCGCUGCUUGAAUCACGGUCCGACCACAAGUCUUUACUAUGCAGAUCCCGACUUGAACGAGAUUGAAGUCCAGGUCGAUAACUUUGAAACCGCGGACGAGGCAACUCAGUACAUGUUCAGCAACGCGUUCAAUAUCAACCCGAUCGGUGUUCCGUUUGACCCAGAGGAGUUCGUCAAGCGAGUCAGAAGUGGAGAGAGUCACGCGUCGAUUAAGAAAAGAAUCGAUGCUUGAGAUUGAUCGCAUCUGACAAUGUACAUAGCAUGUUAUAGGGUCGUCAUGUUCAUUCUGCAGUCAGGUUUUGGCAAGAGCGUGUGAGAGGAGAUUCCGUUUUAUGUGUCUCGAUUGCUACGAAAUUAGGCCGAUAAUAACAUGUCGAUGGCUUUCUCGUGCUAGCGCUGUGUUAAUCUUACUGGCAAUGGCUACAAAGCUUCUGAAGCCUGACUUUAUGUCAAAUGCCCAGUGAACGCGCAGCCGCAGGGAAUGCAAUUGAGUGACUAUUCACCUGGGCAGAAGAUC